CAACGAGUAAGGUUAAAAUGAAAGUUAUUCAAGACAUUUUUAUCGUUUGCUUUUUAACAACACUAUCAAUUAAUGUUAAUGCUACGUGCAAUUUUCUACAUUAUUGCAACCAAGAUUCCAAGGGACACUACCAAAGCUGUAUUCAAGCUAACGGAACAGAACCAGAACCUUUAAACAGUACCCACGAGAAGUAUAAUGAGGCCAUAGCCAAAUUAAAGCAGUACUGUGGUUUCUAUUUUCAAGAAGGAAGUGAAGUUCCUGUUGAUCUGUGUUGUGAUGUGGAUCAAGUAAUAACCAUGGCUAAAGGGUUUCAAAAUACAGUUCCAUUUCAGAGGUGUCCAACAUGCAUUAAUAAUAUUUUGCCUGCAUAUUGCCAGUUUUCAUGUUCUCCAAAUCAAACGGAUUAUGUAAAAAAUUACACCUAUAAUGGGACAUUAGAUGAAGAUGCAUAUGUAACGAGUGUGACGGUCAAUGUGACUUCAAGUUAUAUAGAGAAAAUAUAUAAUUCAUGUAAAGAUGUCUCUCUUCCUAGUACUGGAGGAUCAGUCCUAGCAAGUGCUUGUGGAAAAUAUGGCGCUACUUGGUGUAAUACAGAAAGAUGGUUUGGUUAUAUGAACGAUCCAAAUGAAAAUCCAUUUGCCCCAUUUCUUGUCAUAUAUAACGCAGUUGACGAUUCAGUGAGUGGAGCUAUAAAUCAUACAACUUAUAUGUGUGAUAGUGCUUGGCCCAAUUCUUCAGCCUGUGGUUGCGUAGAUUGUCCAUCAAGUUGCCCUACCAAUCUCUAUACUAGUUUAGACAGUAUAGAUUUAUUAUUUGGAAAUAUUUCUUUAGUUUCGUUGAUUGUGUCUUGUUGUUUAUUGCUUCUUGUCUUAGCAAUAGCAUUUGUUAUUAUAUUAGUAAAUAUUCUGAGACCCAGGACCUCGCUUUCACAACAAAAUACUUCUAAGAAAAAUAAGAAAACCAUAGGUGAUACUAUUCAUAACUUUUUGGAAGAUAUGUUUAAGACUAUAGGGAAAACAAUGGCAGAUAAAAGAAUUAAAGUUUUAUUGAUGGUAUCAAUCGUUAUUAUUUGUUUAUCUGGUGGAUCCAUUUUUCUGAAGGUUACAACAGAUCCUAUAGAAAUAUGGGCCGCUCCAAACAGUAGAAGCAGGCAAGAAAAAGACUACUUCGAUAAAUAUUUUUCGCCAUUUUACAGAACUAAUCAAAUAUUUAUUAAGUCUGUGGGAAUUGAAUCAUUCAAUUUUUCUUCUAACUAUGGGGGAGACAUAACAGUCGGCCCAGCUUUCAAUAAAACUUUUUUAUUAGCUGUAUUUGAGCUACAAAAACAACUUGAAAAUAUUACAAUAGACUCCAUUGAUGAUGAUGGCUCUCCAGUAACUAAGGGAUUAGAAAGCAUUUGUUAUUCUCCCAUCAGAACGAUAUUUUCAGCUGAUAAAACAAUUAAUGAAUGCACCGUCAUAUCAUUAUUGGGGUUGUUUAAUAAUAAUUUAAAUUUAUUUAAGGAUGCUGAUCACAAAGCAAACCUCGAAACCUUAAUUACAUGUUUGCAAGCUCCUUACAGCAUAAAUUGCUUGGCGCCAUAUGGAGGGCCCAUUUUACCAGGUUUAGUAAUGGCAGGAGCUUCAACAGAAAAUAAUUACUUAGACGCAGUUGGAGUGUCUCUAACCUUUUUAGCUGUUAACGAUUUAAAUAAAGAAAAUCUCGUUGACACAUACGCUUGGGAGAAAAAGUUUAUCGAAUUUCUAAAAAAAUGGGAUAUAGAAGAACGACCUGAAUUUAUGGAUAUUGCGUUCAGCGCAGAAAGAUCGAUACAGGAUGAAAUAGAUCGAUUAUCUGAAUCUGAAAUGGUCACAGUCUUCAUAAGUUAUGUCGUUAUGUUCGUUUAUAUAGCAAUUGCUUUAGGAAGACUUGCAGGCUUUAAAAAAAUAUUGCUUGAAACGAAAAUACUCCUUGCGGUUGGUGGAAUAAUAGUUGUACUAAGUUCUGUUGGUUGCUCUAUUGGAGUGUGCGGAUAUGUUGGAAUUACAACCACUCUCCUAACAGUAGAGGUAAUUCCCUUUUUAGUCCUGGCUGUCGGGGUAGACAAUAUUUUUAUUAUCGUUCAGGCCCACCAAAGAAAGAAAAAGAAUGUGGAGCUGACUGCAGCCGAAAAUAUAGGAGAUACGAUGGGAAAAGUUGGACCAAGCUUGUUACUGACCAGCUUAUCGGAAAUAUUUUGUUUCGCAAUUGCUUCUUUAUCUACCAUGCCUGCUGUUCACACGUUUGCAUUGUAUGCAACGAUCGCUGUCCUUUUCAAUUUCAUCCUUCAAAUAACAGCGUUCGUGGCGCUGCUUUCGUUAGAUGAAGAAAGGUACGAGAAUAAUAGACUGGACAUGUUGUGCUGCAUAAAAAUGGACAAGAUUGACAAAACGCCUAAAGUCGGUUUCCUCUAUAAUCUCUGGGCUAAUUACUAUACACCGUUUGUAAUGAAGUUGCCAGUGCGAUAUAUGAUUUUACUGAUUUUUACCGUAACAUUGAGUUUAUCCAUAAUGGUAAUACCAACAAUUGAGCUGGGUUUAGAUCAAGAACUUUCCAUGUCCGAAGACAGCCAUGUCCUGAAAUAUCUUCAGUUUAUGAAAGCGUUAAUGAAUAUUGGUGCUCCAGUAUAUUGGGUAACAAAGGGAUCAAUUGAUUAUUUUAAUCCUGAAAUUAUGAAUAGAGCGUGCAGUGGAGUAGGUUGUUCCGAACAUUCAAUCAGCACCCAAUUGUAUAUGGCAUCGACGCAAUCGAACAUGACAUAUCUUGCAGUACAAGCAAAUUCUUGGUUAGAUGACUUGAACGACUGGAGUGACUCAGAAAACUGUUGCAAGUAUUUUAAAUCAAAUAGUUCUUUCUGUCCUCAUAACUAUCCCACUAGUUUAUGUGAGACAUGUUAUUUUUCACGUAUAGAAGAAAAGGAAAAUUUAACUAGGCAGCAGUAUUAUAAGAAAUUUUUUGCCCAUUUCCUAAAUGACAAUCCGGAUCCUAACUGUGCUAAAGCAGGACAUCCUUCCUAUGCGGGGGGAAUAACUUAUUUAUCCAACAAUGAACAAGAAGCUGAAAUAUUAUCCUCAAGUAUAAUGUCAUACCACACGGUAACAAAAACUUCGAAAGACUACAUUGAAGCUCUAAAAUAUGCCCGCUAUAUAGCUGAUAAUUUGACUAAAACUAUUGAUGUCCCUGGAGUGGAAAUAUUUCCGUACAGUGUGUUUUAUGUAUAUUACGAACAAUAUUUGACAAUAUGGAUGAAUACGAUAGAAUCUUUGGGUUAUUCUUUGGCUUUAGUUUUGGUGAUAACAUUUAUUGUUACUGGAUUUAAUAUUUUUUCAUCAUUAAUUAUAACGGUAACUGUAUUCAUGGUUGUACUACAUUUAAUGGGGAUGAUGUGGAUAUGGAAUAUCACCUUAAAUGCAGUCUCUUUAGUAAACUUAGUUAUGAGUGUUGGUAUUGCUGUGGAGUUCUGUGGUCACAUUGUCCACUAUUUUGAACAUUCUUCAAAGCAAAAUGCUUUAGAGCGAGCAUCUGAUUCUUUAGCAAAUAUGGGUAUUUCGGUUAUAAGUGGAAUUACUUUAACGAAAUUCUCUGGAAUAGCUGUAUUAGCAUUCGCUAAAUCUCAAAUAUUCAGAAUAUUCUAUUUUCGAAUGUAUUUGGGGAUUGUCCUUUUCGGUGCCGUUCAUGGGCUGGUAUUCUUACCAGUAUUCCUUAGUUUUGUGGGUCAACUGAAAUACCCAACUAACACAAUUAAGGACCAUAAUUCCACUGAAAAUGAUGUGCCAACUAAUAACAUACACAAUUCUGAAGGAAAAUAGAAGAUAUGAUGAGUAUGAAAUAUAAAUAAUUCUCAUAUAGUUACCUAAUUUAUACGAUAAUUACCUUAAAAAGACUCUCUGAUUAAUUUAUUAUACAUAUUUGAUAUAAGUUAUCCAUAAUAAAAACUAAUUAAUUCAUUAAGCAUUAA